AUGGAUAUUAUCCAGAAACACUGGGCCCAUGUCGUGGCCAGCUACUCGCCCCAGCAGAUCGAGUUCUUCGGCACAUUUCUGGUCCAGGCACUGUCCUUCUGGCUCCCGUCCAUCUGCUAUCUGUGCCUGGAUGUCGUCGCACCCGCUUUUUCCCAGCGGCACAAGAUCCAGCCCGCCCCGAGACAGCCCACACGCCGCGAGAUCGCGCGCUGCUUCAUGGUCGUGACACGGAACCAAAUCAUCUCGUCGGUCCUCCAUAUCGGCCUCCUCUUCAUCGCCCGCCGCACCGGCUCCGGCUCCUCAUAUCGCAUCGAGUCCUCCCUCCCCGGUCCCGCCGAGAUAUGUCGCGAUGUCAUUCUAUGUCUCCUCAUGCGCGAGGCCAUGUUCUACUACAGUCACCGCCUGCUGCACGUCCCCUAUUUCUACAAGCGCAUCCACAAGCAACAUCACCGCUUCACGGCGCCAAUCGCGCUGGCGGCGCAGUUCGCGCAUCCGAUCGAGCAGAUCUUCGCCAACGUGCUGCCCAUCUCGCUUCCGCCGCAGUUCCUCCGCAGCCAUCUGGUUACCUUUUGGAUCUUCUUGGCGUUCGAGCUGGUUGAAACGGCCACCGUGCAUAGUGGCUAUGAUUUCUUCCGGAACAAGGCCAAGAUGCAUGAUUUGCACCAUGAGAAGUUCAAUUUGAAUUAUGGGUCGAUUGGUCUGCUGGAUUGGGUUCAUGGGACGAAUCAGCUGGAGAAACGAAGGACAGAGUAG